AUAUUGUUUAUGUGUGACAGGUUUGAAAAGCACAGGGGAGUGUUGGUGGUCCCUUGAUUAUUCUCUUUUCCAACUCAAAAUUGAUUGGUUAUGUGAUAUAGACUUCAUCCCCUAAUGUUGCUUGACAUUCGAGAAAACUUCGGACCGCCCAGAAAGUCGAGGGGUGUUCGUCGACGGGAGGAAGAAGCAACGGAACUUGGCCCAUCCGAUCAUGUAAUAAAGCCACGAUGAAGAACCCCCAGAUCAGCUUUAAAGGAGUGCGGAGCAGCAAGUUCCGUCACGUGUACGGCUGCGGGGCGCGCAAGGAGCGAUGCUACGAGAACUUGAGCAUCACGAGGAACGCGCACGAUUCCCACUUCUGCGCCGUCAAUCCCAAGUUCCUCGCUGUCGUCACCGAGGUCGCUGGCGGCGGCGCCUUCGCCGUCAUCCCGCUCGAGAAGACUGGUCGAAUGGACAUCCACAUGGGGCGGGUAACGGGUCACCGGGGACCAGUCCUUGACAUCAAGUGGAAUCCCUUCAAUGACAAUGUCAUCGCCUCCUGCUCCGACGACUGCACCAUCAAGCUGUGGUACAUCCCAGACGAGGGACUGCAGUCAAAUUUGACAGAGUGGUUGGUUGAUUUACAUGGACACAAGAGGCGCGUGGGCUAUGUGGAGUGGCAUCCUACAGCCGAGAACAUCCUCCUCUCUGCGGGAUUUGACCACCUGAUAAUAGUAUGGAACAUAGGGGAUGGGGAAGCAGUGAAUGUGAUUGACUGUCACCCAGACAUCAUCUACUGCAUGUCCUUCAACUGGGAUGGAAGUCGCCUUGCAACCACUUGCAAGGACAAGCUCCUGCGCAUUCUUGACCCCAGGACAGGGAAGGUGCUUGAGGUCAGUCAUGGCACUGAAGGGGUUCAUGCAUUCAAGAGAUAUACCUGCAUCUUUUACAUGAUUUAUUUGUUGUUGUUGGGGUGUCUGCAGGAAACACCAUGUCAUGAGGGGUCAAAGGCAUCAAAAGUGGUGUACCUUGGGGACAGUGGGCGGUUGUUCACAACAGGAUUCUCCCGCUACUCAGACCGACAGUAUGCCAUGUGGAGUGAGCGGGACCUAUCCUUCCCCCUUCGCAUGGACACCAUUGACUCCUCCUCAGGUGUUCUCUUCCCAUAUUAUGACCAUGACACCCACAUGGUCUACCUUGCUGGCAAAGGAGAUGGGAACAUCCGCUAUUAUGAGCUGGUGGAUGAUGCCCCAUGGUGUUACUACCUGAACCAGUUCCUAAGUGGAUCUCCUCAGCGAGGACUAGGCUCCAUGCCCAAGCGGGGAUUGGAUGUCCGGCAGUGCGAGGUGUUCCGCUUCUACAAGCUCCAUGCCGUGCGUGGGCUUGUUGAGCCCCUGAGCAUGAUCGUCCCGAGAAAGAGCGAGCAGUUUCAGGAGGACUUGUACCCAGACACCCCUGCUCCAACCCCAUCACUCACAGCUGAGGAGUGGAUCAACGGCAAGAAUGCCUCUCCCAUAGUCAUCUCCAUGAGGAGAUGUGGGGCAGUGAGGACACACAAGCCAGUAGUACUGAAGCCCAGGGAGCAGCAGCUGAUCACAUCAGACCGGAACAAUGAGAGGAAGUUUGCCUUCAUCGCCCAGGAAACCCGUCCUGACUACCGGCCAAUCCAGCAGGGGAGAGGUGGUUCGGUGGACACUUCCCCUGAGGACUCUGACACAGGCGACACCUCCUCACCCCUUGAUGACGACGACUCGACUGACACCGACCUGAAACCCAGCCUAAGCAUGGAUGACGUGCGGGUCCUUACUGGGCGAAGCAUCCGCAACCGCGGUGGCCCCAUCACAGGAUCCCUAGGACGGCCUGUGCGCACCCUUUCCCGUAGCACCACAUUCGCCGAGCACCUGAUGGCCCGUGGGAUCCCCACGCGGCGCUCCUGCCGCAUUGACUAUCUCAUCAAGGUCCUUGAGGCCCAGGCCAAGCCAUCGGUAGGUUGUAGGGAUGACAAGAAUCCAAGUUGC